AGAAAAGCGUGUUGCAGGCCCCGCCAGGUGGUGGGUAUGUAUGCGACGUGGCGGAUAGAGAAAUAUUUUGUUUGUGUGCUAAAGUGAUCCUAGAUCCUCUCAUACGCAGGGUCCAAAAAUGGCAAAACUUGCUAAUUUACUAUGCGCUGCUCCACUCCAAGAAGUCGUGCGUGUCCCGUAACUUUUCGCUGACAGUGUGAAUCUUUAUCUACGCCGUGGUUAGAUCAACAUGCACUUGUUGAGGAAGCCAGCAGAGCUACUGGUAUGGCUGACAAGUCUCCUCCUCGCUCUCUCUUCUCGUGGCUCCCUCGCAUCAGAUAAUGAAAUAAAGACCUUCUCCGUAGGCGGCAAUAAUUCAGAUCUAAUUUCCACCUUGGAGGAGAUCCAGGAGUAUAUAGUCAAUGGGAGUGGGGGCUACUUCCGUCUAGCCAUUGCUAAUGGUGAAUACUACUUUACGGGACCCAAUGCAACUGCUUUGGCUACGUUUUACAAUGUGAGUCACAUCAGCAUAGUGGGGGAAGAGCAGGGUAGCACGGUGAUCCACGGAGGAGGGGAGGCUGGGUUUGUGUUUAGAGAAGUGAACAACUUGACCCUCGCCAACCUCACCUUCUCCAACUGCUCAUCUCUGCAAAACAGUACCACUACAAGAGACAGGGAACCGGGGAACUUGUCCUUUGUCGAGUUCUCUUCUGCCCUCUACAUCGAGAGCUGCAGCGACAUUAACGUGGAGAGCACUACAGUCACCAGCUCCAAUGCCGUCGGCCUGGCAAUGUUCAACAACUAUGGGACCAACACAUUCAGCAAUGCCGUGUUCAGUAGUAACCUCCACCCACCGUCCGAUAGUGGGAGCAGUGGGUAUGGAGGCGGGGGAGUCAUUUUGGAGUUUAGCUUCUGUCGUCCGGGAUACCUCAGCUGCAAUAACAGCGACCCCGUGGAAGUUUCCAACGCUUCGUUUGAUUUCUCCGACUGUUCGUUUACGGGCAACAAUGCUUCAUCACAGGGGCUGGACGUGUUCUCUGUGUAUCCCCACGGAACUGAGCACAUGGGGUUUGGGAAUGGUGGAGGAUUGGCCGUUUAUUUCAGGGGUCGUUCAAUUAACAACUCAGUCACACUGAGGAACUGCGAGAUUAGUUACAACUGGGCCGAGUUUGGCGGAGGGCUGUAUGUUGAUUUCGGAGACGAGAGCAGGGGAAACGUUUUCAGGCACACCAGUGAUGGAGAGAGCCUCUCGGUUAUUGGUCUAAAUGGUCCUUUUGCCGGAGUGAAUCCAUGUCUGACGCAGUCCGUGGGGGGUGGGGUAAUGGUUCUCUUUUACUAUUACCCACCGGACCCCUUCCUCUGGCCUGGUUACUAUGCCAACGUCAGUGGCAACGUGGUCGAGUUUAGUGGGACCUACAUCAAUUCAAACGGAGCCUGCUGGGGAGGCGGAGUCUCGGUUCUCUCUUCUCGCUCCCUCCCCGGCUCUCCCCAAACCAACUCAGUCUCCUUCAAUAAUUGCUCGUUUGAGCAGAACAAGGCGGUGUCGUCUGCUGCAAUGGACAUCAAUGUCUUGAGGCCAGACGCCAGUAGAGGCGAACUGCUCACUCCCACUAUUACCGACUGCGUAUUUUCAAACAAUACGGCUUAUAGUCACUCCAGCUCUCAUAUCCCAAACCUGCGCGGUUACCAGUUUGGAAUUGGUGCCCUGUGCCUCAACAGCAUCUCGGCCAACUUUUCUGGCAGGAACUACUUCUCAGAUAACCAGGGCGGUGGUCUUGUUGUGUCUGGUGCCGAUAUCUUUGUGAGCGAGGGAUCUUCUCUCGUGUUUGAACGCAAUAACGGA